GGCCGAAAGUGACUAGUCACCGUUUAUCCCGUUGAUCACGCUAGGACGAAUAGAUAAGUCACAAGGAUUGAAUUUAGUAUCUGUUCAGCAUUUUCUAGUUUUUUUUUUCACACAGCAACCACUAUGUCAGGGACAUUCAGUACCCUCACAAACAACACUCCUAUUACCAUCACCAUACCAAAAGAGUAUGGCUACUGCAUCCUUGUAGCCGUAGGUUCAGCGUUUGUUGUAACCUGGAAGGCCAUGCAGGUUGGUAAGGCUCGCAAGAAGUUCAACAUCCCUUAUCCAACAAUGUACAGCCCAGACAAUGUCCAGUUCAAUUGCAUCCAGCGUGCACAUCAGAACACGUUGGAAAACUACCCACAGUUUUUAGUGCUGCUACUUUUGGGAGGUUUGGAGUGGCCGGUGGUAAGCGCAGGCGCUGGUAUUGUCUAUCUGGCAGGCCGAAUUGCAUAUGCCCAAGGCUACUACACUGGAGAUCCCAAGAAAAGAAUGCGUGGUGGUUUUGGUUUGCUGGGACUACUUCCUUUACUGGGAGCCACUGUACAUCUUGGGUUGCGCCUCAUCAGAAGCCAGUGAUGGGGUUACCAUUACACAGUUAGUGUGGGUUAUAAUAGUUAUGGUAUAAGGCAGCUUACAUCACCAGAUAUAUUGCGUUGUGGUCACAGACUUCGAGACUCUGAGAAUACAACAGGAACAUGCUCAUAUCUCAACCAUGUAGAACUGUGAUUUAUGGUCUCUUUGCUGCACAAAAGAUUUAAGUCAAAUGUGACCUGCAAAAAAAAUAUGUAUUUUGUAUUACAUGUAUGUAAAGGAACAUGUGCCUGUUAAGGCUAUUAAAUAUGAUAUAAUUCAGUCACUAAUUGGAACUGGUACAUUCACCAUGAUGUAUGGUGAUGAUUAACUGAAUAAAACAAAGCAAGCAGAAUUAUUAAAGUACUGGUUUUUGAUUUUUCCCUUUAAUGUCAUUCAAGAUAUGUUCUAUGUGGGGGGAAAUUUUUGUUAUAUGUAAAGCAGUUCAAUUAUUUAGAAAAAUGGAUGCCUAAUAAAGAUGUGAACAAUUUAUUAUAAGAAUAUAGUGUAACAAAUAUUUAAAAUUGUUAUAUACAGUAAAACUUCAUACAGCAUAGGGGUUAGGUUUCUUGAAAACAGUCCAUUAGGUAAAUCCGCACUGGACAAACAUACCAUACAGAUUAAACGGGAUAUGUGCUUUAACAAAGGAGACACAGUCCUGUAUUUUGAUGGAUUUGCCAAUUUGUACGCUCAACAUGUAUUUUAUGUACAGUGUCAAUAAAAUUUGUAUUGAUUGCUA